AUGUCUUAUGAAUCCUUUGCGCUGAAGGACAACGGGGUAUGCCUGAAGCGCAACUACGACUGCGACGAGCUGGAUUUCAAUGACGACGAUGACAUUGUGAAUAUUACAAGUUUCGAGAAGGACACGUAUGAGCACAACUUGAAGAACAAGAUAGUUAACCGGUAUAAGAAGGAGAAGGAUGCGAUGGAAACUUUUUCGAGGAAAGACAACUCGGUAAAUAACUCCACAUUUAUAAAUAGGGACAGGUUUUCCCUGAAUGACGACAACACGGAGCUGAAGGCCAGGAUACGUAACUCGCUGUGCAACAGCAACAACCACACCAGCGGUCAGGGUAUCCACGACCAGCACGGCGGCAGCAAAGGCGGCCACCACGGCGGUAACUACAGCGGCAACCACGGCGGCAACCACGGCGGCAACCACGGCGGCAACCACGGCGGCAACCACGGCGGCAACCACGGCGGCAACCACGGCGGCAACCACGGCGGCAACCACGGCGGCAACCACGGCGGCAACCACGGCGGCAACCACGGCGGCAACUACAACAGCAACUUCAACAGCAACUUCAACAGCAGCUACAACCUGAACUACAAAUUCAACCUGGACGCGACGAAGAGGGAGUCCAACCUCAAACUGGAGGGAAUACUCCACGAAAACGAUUACCUAAUUCAGCUGAGCAAAUUAAAAAGGCACGUCAUAAUAGAAAUUUUUGGUGGGAAGUGCUUCAUAAGGGAAUACCUAUGCACGGAGUUUUUGAAAAGAGUGAAACAAUGCUGCCACAUAAAUUAUAUAAAACAGAAGAGUGGGUUAAUAAACUAUCGAGAUUGUAAGCAGUUGCUCGCGGAAAAUAACAAUAUAGCGAGCAUAGAAGCUAGGUUAAAUGCCAUACUGGUAUCGCUGCCCCCGUUAACAUGCAUCAUUUUACACUCUAGCGUGUUCCUAGUCAUAAAAGAAGAUUUAAUUCGAGAUGAUCUAAUUAAGAAGUUAUGUAAUGUGUCUAAGAGGUACACCAAUUUGUACAAAGUGGACACCAAAAUUAUGGAGAAAAGACCCUUUGAAUUUUGUGCCUUGGAAUGUGUUUUUUCAAGUGCCAUUGAACAUUUAAAUGCAGAAAUGAAACUCUUAAGUAAAGAUUUUGCGGACAUCAAAUUUACUUUAAAAGUGACCAACUAUCAGGAUGUACUAACCAAUCUGCAUAACUUAAAAGAACCCACCAAUAUUUUAAUAAAUAAAGUUAAUUCCUUCAUUAAGGCUUUUCACGAAAUAUCAGAAAAUAAUGCCGACUUGAAAAAAAUGGAAUUAACCAAGUGUUAUUUUAACCCUAUUAAUGGGGAGGAAGACAACAAAGAGGCGACGAAUCAGGACCUGCAAAUGCUGCUGGAAUAUUUUGACCAAGAACUUCAUCAGAUACACGAUCAAGUGAAGCACUUAUAUGAGUUGAUGCAGAAUUUGGAAAACAAAAUGGUUUCGGAUUUGUCUCUCUCUAGGAAUAACUUGAUACGCAUGGAUAUAGUCAUCAGUUUGAUUAACUCCGGCUUCGGCAUAGGAACACUCAUAACGGGGGUUUUCGGCAUGAACUUGAAAAUAAAGCUGGAGCAACAUGAAUUUGCCUUUGUCUACGUCACGGGGAUGGUCAUUUUUUUAUGUUUAAUAACUGUAGUCAUGUCUGUUUAUUUUUUUAAGUGCAUUCGAAUUUAG